GAAGCGGAGAUAGAGUGUGUUUUGCCUAAGGGGGGAAGCCUCCACACAUAUAUACAGACCUAUCUCCCAACGCACACACGGUCAUCCGGCACGCCGUCGGAGCGGUUUCCCUGACAACUAGAAUGGGCUGCAAUUUGUGCACCUUGCAGAAACGAGAGGAGCACUACAAACUGCUGUAUGAGAUCGCUCAGGUGAAUGGCCGUGACUUUUCCAAGGUUGACCAUGAGGGGGCGGUGGUGGAGGCCCUCAGGAGAGACCCCAUCGUCGUGCAGGUUUUGCGACGCCCCCCGUCCCACUCCUCUGUCCCGCUGUCCCGCUCAGGCUCCCCUCCGGACGUGUGCGUGGUGGACCGCUGCACGCAGACUGACAUCACCUUUGAACACAUCAUGGCUCUGGCCAAACUGAGACCUGCCACCCCACCUGUCCCCGACAUCUGUCCGUUCCUGCUGUCUGACAGCUGCCAUUCAAUCCACACAAUGGAGCACGAGUUUUAUGAAUGUCCCGAAUACAUCUCCAGUACACCAGGGGAUGGAGACCGGACAGAAGAAUACAUAUAUGAGGAGGUGGAGCUGUGUCGGCAGAACAGUCUGGAGAAGCUGGGGCUGACGCUGUGCUACCGGACUGAUGACGAAGAGGACAUGGCCAUUUACGUGAGCCAGGUGGAGCCGCACAGUCUCGCUGCCAAAGACGGACGAAUCAAAGAGGGAGAUCGGAUUGUACAGAUCAACGGCUGUGAAGUCCAUGACAGGGAAAAGGCAGUGGCUCUAUUGUCAAGUGAAGACACAAGAAGUGUCAUCUUACUAGUGACAAGGCCAGAGCUGCAGUUGGAGGAGGAGGUGUGGCUGGAUGACGACCAACAAGAGCUGGUGGAGUUAAAGAUGGAAAUCCUGGAGCAGAGGAGAAAACACAAAGAACAAAAGUUUGACAGAAGAAAAGAGCUUCAACUUGAGGAGGGGAUGACCACAGACACAGCCACCUGCUCAUCCAACAACCAGGACAGCGGGUUCGGGCAUGGCACGGACAGCCCCGAUCACCAGCCUCUUUUGUCCAGAAUACAGAAGAAAAGUCCUGCUCAGUGUUUACGAGAACGAUGGCUGGCUGAUCAUCCGCACAAUAAACCUCCAAAGACGCAAACGAAAACACAAGACAAUGGUAACAGCCCGAUGCUAGGUUUGGAAAAUCGCUUUCAGCAACUUUUAGAGCUGAAAUGCCAGAUUCGUAACGGUGUGGAGUGCGGGGUGUACUCAAUAAGACACAGCAUCGAAUGUAGUUUGACGGAACAGAGCGCUGGCGAUGAAGAUGGCGUGAACAGUGGAGAGAGUGAAGGAGGAGUGGAGCAUGAGCUACGGAUGCUAAACGAAGAGCUAAGAAGUAUUGAGUUGGAGUGUCAAAGUAUAAUGCAAGCACACCAGCUACGCCAGUCCAGCCAACCUACACAAACUGCAUCUCCAGGUCGAAGAAGCCCCAAAGACGGACUCCAGCGCCACGGGAGACUGGCUGACAUCCACGAACAUCCUGAAAGAUCAGAUAACGAGAGGAAAAAGGACAGUUCCAGUGCCUACAAUACAGCGGACAGUGCGAGAUCAACGCCUUUAGGAAUAGAGAAAUCACCUGAGCAUUCCUUACAGAGACAGAUCAGCCUCACUAACCAGAAAAACCUCAGUUCAUCAACAUCGUCAAGCCCCAUUCCCAUCCCCAAAUUCCACGGAACGCCCAGUCGGAGUAAACCAGCAGAUCCAGGAAUGGUUAUAUCUAGCAGUCCGGACCAGAGCAACCCGUCCAGAUCUGAGUCAGACCCAGCGUUACCUGCGGAUGACGAGAGGUGUGAGAAGAAAGGGAGGAGGGAGAGGAGGGGGCUGCCUUACCCAUCAGCAUAUCAAACUAGUCCCUACCACUGUCAAGGAGGAUCCAGACAGCUGCAGAGCUACAUGCAGCUGCUCCAACAGCAUUCCUCCCUGGAGUACUCCCAGAGCCAGCUGAGUCUGCUGAGUCUGUGCAGAGAGCCGGGGCACCGUGGGGGGCGCCCUGGGGAACCCCGCCUGGAGUGGAAGGUCAAAGUUCGAGCCGACGGAACACGCUACGUUGCCCGAAGACCUGCCCGCGACCGCAUACUGAGGGAGAGGGCGCUACGGAUCAGAGAGGAGAGGAGCGGAGGCAUGACCACUGAUGACGACGCCAUGAGUGAAAUGAAGAUGGGAAGAUACUGGAGCAAAGAGGAACGAAAGCAGCAUUUGGCGCGAGCGAGGGAGCAGAGGAAGAGGAGGGAGUUCAUGCAGAAGAGUCGGCUUGAGUGUCUGAGAGAGGGGCCGGGGAGCAGUGCAGAAGCCAAAAACCAGGUCAAUAUCUUGGAGCUGAGCCACAAGAAGAUGCUGAAGAAAAGAAACAAAAAGAUCUUGGAUAACUGGAUGACUAUUCAGGAGCUGAUGAGUCACGGAGCCAGAGUGCAGGAGGACUCUAAAGUACAUAAUGCCUUCCUCUCAGUCACCACAGUGUAG